AUGGAGGACCUGCAGUGGCCCGGGGGCGAGCAGACCGUCCCCAGCUCCGUGUGCAGCCUCCCGUGCCGGCCUGGCGAGAGGAAGAAGGUGGUGAAGGGCGUGGCGUGCUGCUGGCACUGCGAGCCCUGCGACGGGUACCAGUACCAGCACGACGAGUUCACCUGCCGCCUCUGCUCCUACGACUCUCGGCCCGACGCCAACCGCACCGCCUGCCAGCCCAUCCCCAUCACCAAGCUGGAGUGGCACUCGCCCUGGGCCGUGAUCCCCGUCUUCCUCGCCAUGAUCGGGAUCGUGGCCACCAUCGUUGUCAUGGCUACGUUCGUCCGGUACAACGACACGCCGAUCGUGCGGGCGUCCGGCCGCGAGCUGAGCUACGUCCUGCUAACCGGGAUCUUCUUAUGCUACAUCAUCACCUUCCUGAUGAUCGCUAAGCCGGAUGUGGCCGUGUGCUCGUUCCGGAGGAUCUUCCUGGGGUUGGGCAUGUGCAUCAGCUACGCCGCCCUCCUCACCAAGACCAACCGCAUCUACCGCAUCUUCGAGCAGGGCAAGAAGUCGGUGACGGCGCCGCGGCUGAUCAGCCCCACGUCGCAGCUGGCCAUCACCUCCAGCCUGAUCUCGGUGCAGCUGUUCGGCGUGUUUGUGUGGUUCGUCGUGGAUCCACCCAACACGCUCGUGGACUAUGAGGAGCAGAAGACCUUCAACCCGGAUCUGGCCCGAGGCGUGCUGAAGUGUGACAUCACGGACCUCCAGAUUAUCUGCUCCUUGGGUUACAGUAUCCUGUUGAUGGUGACGUGUACCGUGUACGCCAUAAAGACCCGCGGGGUCCCGGAGAGCUUUAACGAGGCCAAGCCCAUCGGGUUCACCAUGUACACCACCUGCAUCGUCUGGCUGGCCUUCAUCCCCAUCUUCUUCGGCACAGCGCAGUCCGCCGAAAAGCUGUACAUCCAGACCACCACGCUAACCAUCUCCAUGAACCUGAGUGCGUCCGUGGCCCUCGGGAUGCUCUACAUGCCCAAGGUCUACGUCAUCAUCUUCCACCCGGAGCUCAACGUGCAGAAGAGGAAGCGCUCCUUUAAGGCCGUGGUCACCGCCGCCACCAUGUCGUCCCGACUCUGCCACAAGGCCAGCGAGCGGCCCAACGGCGAGGCCAAGACGGAGCUGUGUGAGAGCGCCGACGCAAGCAGUCCAGCUGAAAAGAAGAAAUUUGUGAGCUACAAUGACCUCGUGAUCUGACAACGUCCCAGAGAGACUGCACAGAGAAAGUCUCCUGCCCUGCUGGCUACAAAGCAAAGAAAGAAAGGAAGUUGUUUCGUUGGUGCUGAAGCAAAGCAUUGUGGGACAGCCCUCUGGACAAAGACUCACAGCACUAAUAAAGCACUAAGACAGACAAAUAGAAGCAAAGAGGGCGAAGAAGGUCCGUGAAACUACGUGAGGAUGUUCAGAAAAUAAAAAAAGAAUCACUUUUUGCCCGUGAGGAUCAACAUGGCCGACGUCUUGCAGCCUCGCACGGGCGCCAUUUUGUUUCUCUCUCUGCCGUUGAUGUCAAACGACGCCGCCGUCUCGGCCGCUCGGACCUUUCUACGGAGACGCAUCCUGUUUUAAUGUCUUUUGAUGUACUUCCAACCUUCUGUCCUCCAUGUGUGGUUCUUAUUGGCUUCUGUGUUACUUUGGUUGUUGUUGUCACUGACCAAUGGGAGGAGAGAGCAGAUGUUAGUCUGAGCAUGCUCAGAUUUAAACGGUUUACAACAUGACUGUCAUACUGAAAUUAGUGAAAUCCAUGAAACAAAAAACUUUUGUCAUUAAAAACAAUAACAGAACAUGAAAAUCAUUUCAAAAGCGUUAUAGCUAUCUAUGAUUGUUUUAUGCUAACGUUAGCUCAACACCAUUCAACU